ACCACUACUCAGAUAGUCCAUUAGCUCGUUGGACACACAUCCCUCUGUGACAAAAUAAAAAAUCAACAGAAGACCGAAGAAAGGGAAACACCACCAAAGUUUCAACAACAAAAAAAAAAAACUUCAGGGGAGACAUUUGGUUGUUCAUCUCUUGAAUUUUCGACCCACACACCUAAUCGCUUGAGCCGCUUCCGACACUCAGCAUACCUUCAACUUCACCGGCACAAUCGCACUUCUAUUCUAGCCCUCGCCACCGCUAGCCCUCCCUCCCCCCUCCCACAUAAAUACCCCGCCACACCUCCAAUCGACAACACCUCAUCGCUCCUACAUCCGACACCGCCACCUCCACCUUCACCUCCGCCUCCACCCCCCGGCACCGAUCGCAACGACCCCGUCCGUAACCGCUCGCUACGACAGCAACUUCGACAGCACUCACGUCAUGGCUGCUAUCAUAUCUCACCCCCAGAACGCUCUGCAGGCGAAGGCGUUUACCGCACCAUCGUCUCUGUCUUACGGCACUGGUGACAUCACUCCUCCGUCCUCGGACGUCGAGGGUCAGAAAGCCCAGCAGCAGCAGCAGUCGCAGCAGCAGCAGGGAGACGCGCAAGGUCCUGACGCCGGUAACGCUCCUGCGACCCCCGCCGCUACCCCCGGUGGAGGCCCCGGUGUCAGCGGCAUCGUUCCGACCUUGCAAAACAUCGUUGCGACCGUCAACUUGGAUUGUCGCUUGGAUCUGAAGACCAUCGCGUUGCACGCAAGGAACGCGGAGUACAAUCCAAAGCGUUUCGCUGCUGUUAUCAUGCGCAUUCGUGAACCCAAGACUACCGCGUUGAUCUUCGCUUCGGGCAAGAUGGUCGUUACUGGUGCUAAGUCUGAGGACGACUCGAAGCUCGCCUCGCGCAAGUACGCGCGAAUCAUACAGAAGCUGGGUUUCGGCGCCAAGUUCACGGACUUCAAGAUCCAGAACAUCGUCGGGUCUUGUGACAUCAAGUUCCCAAUCCGUCUCGAGGGUCUGGCUUCGCGCCAUCACCAUUUCAGCUCCUACGAGCCCGAGUUGUUCCCAGGAUUGAUCUACAGAAUGAUCAAGCCUAAGAUUGUGCUCUUGAUCUUCGUCUCCGGCAAGAUCGUCCUCACCGGUGCCAAGGUCCGUGAGGAGAUCUACACUGCCUUCGAGUCAAUCUAUCCCGUGUUGUCUGACUUCCGCAAAGUCUAAACAAUACCCCAGAUCGGAUACUCUUGUGUUUCAGCGACUCAUCGGACCGACUUCUACACAUGUAUUACUACAACUCGCAUACAACCUUCCACUUUUUCUGUCAUGAUCCACGACACGACAUUUUCCAAAAGUUGGGGAGACAUGAAACCUACUAUUACUACCCGGAGGAAGGAGGAAGAACCUGCAAUAAAAAAAUGAAAACAAAAAGGAAAAGGAGAUGAAAUACGUGCUUGUUU